CCUAAACAAAUGGCCGAUACAACAGUACUCUUACCAGUACCAUUAGGACCGAUAACCAUAUUUAAAUAUGGACCAGGAUAAAAUUCGCAAUACUCAUAUGUGACAAAAUUGACGAGUUUCACUCGGACGAUGCUUCCAUAUGCAUAUCUUCAAAGAGGUUAGCAAAAGCAUAUAUCUUGAAAGGAUGGAAUUCAAUAACGCCAUUUUCGAUUUUGAAAACUUACUUUGAGUAAUCAGGAUUAUUUCUCCUUCGCUUUUCAGGCCUAUGGCCCUCCAUCGUAUAAUAAACCCAAGUUGACCUGAAUAUAAGUUGUAAUGAGCAAGUUCUGAACCUCCAAAAUAAUGUCUGGCGAUUUGAAUUCCUCAAGGGAGAAACAAAUCCUACAAAAGCAAGUUUUGGAUGAAUACACUAAAUUAGCUAGAAAUAUGGAUUCUCUUGCAAAAUUGUUGCACGAAAUGGUAUAUAAUCCUAGCAAUAAUAUCCUUGACUCUUUAAGAGAAUUAGAGAAAGAAAUCGGUUUGGUGCAUACAUUAUUUAAAGCAAGUGUUUGGGCCAUAUUGGCGGACCUGGAAACGCAAGAAACUAAAACAUAAGGAUGGUUGAUGUUUGAAAGUUAAGGUUAUAAUUCAAUUACAGAAAACCGAUUGCAUUUCUUGUACGAGUUUACCUAAAUCUAAGAAUGGACGGACAAUUGCCCAAUGUUCCAACUUUCACAUUGGAAAAAGAAGUCCGAUGAUAUACGCUCAUACGAAUCCUUUACGAAUCAUCGUUCUAACUCAAUUUUUAUUCUAUGAAAACAAAUAAGACGACGACAUUAAUGAGGAUUGCAUAGAUGACAGUUUCUGAAUAGUGACUUUCUUGAUUGGGUUCAUUCAUUUGACCUCUCGCAUUCCUUUAUUCUGUCUGCAAUUCUUCCAAGGAUCAUCAAAAUUUCCCAUUCUGACACACGUUACCCUUGAAAACCACUGAAACGAGACUUCUCUCUUUCUUGAGAUUAUAGGGUUUAUUUACUGUUCGUAUUUUUCCUAAUCUCAAUUUUAACAAAGGAUUUAUGAGCUUUCAUAGAAAGUAAUUUAAUUCUGUUUUUUUUUGUGUAAGUAAAUAUAGAAACG